AUGUUAUCAAUCACUUUUCAAUCCAUUAUCCUGGUGCUUCUGGGUGGCAGAGCCGUGAGUCAACAUGCUGCGGCUUCCCAAUGCCUUACCUCGCACCUUUCGAAAGAUCAAAGCUGGAAGUCAUGCUGCGAUGGACCAAGCACUGGCACAAUCGACUUGGGGGGAAACACCUUCGACUACACCUGCAACUCCUUCCUGAGCCCCCAAGAAGAAUUCGCAGGCCUUGGCUUCUACAAUGCGUACGAAUGCGCCAACGCCUGUGUGGAGAGCGAUAAGUGCCAAUCAGCAUUUUGGGAUUCCAAGAAUAACAAAUGCUUUUCUGCCCCUUCGCACAGCCAAAAGAUCACUACGGAUAAGUACUUUACCAUUCAAAAUCGACGACCGAGUGCGAAUCAGUCGCCAAACACGCCUACAGACUGCCAAAAUGAAGUCGAUCAAGCCAAGGCAGACUGCCAGACUACGGAGAGAGAAAGAUGUGACAAACGUCUUGCCGAUCAAGAGCAGUUGCUGCGGGAACAACUAGACCAUAGGUCGACAGAGAUGUGCAACGAGGAAAAAAAGAAGUUGACCAAACAAUUUGAAGAAGAUCAAGCUGCUCGGGAAGAAAAGAACCGACGGGCCAUUCAAGAGCUGGAAGACCAGGUUUCUCAACUCAAGAACAAGAACAAGGACAAGGACCAAAAACCUGAACCCACACCGGGCCCUGGCGGUACCAAAGGCGAUCAAAUUGAACCUAGAACACCUGGGCCUACAGGUACUCCAGGGUCCAAGGUUCCUUCAGAAAACGAAUGGAAAUGUCCUGAGCAAGACGGCAAGGAAUACACUGUGCUGGGAGUUACAUACCGUGUCUUUUGCGAGUCCCAGCCCAGCGGCCAAGUAAUGACCGGCGGCAGGCUCAAUACGAAGCAUCCAGAAUUCUUGAUGGCAAUGUGCUCUGUCGACAGCAACUGUCAAGGCAUCAGAGCCAAGAGCAGCAGUGCCGAACUAGUGCGCGAUUAUGAAUUCCCUCCCAAGCAAAAGUCCAAAUUCAGUGGGUGGUGGAGCAUUGUUCCCGUCAGUCGAAAAACCGAGAACAGUGCCAUUGUUCCUGAUCUGUUCAGUCAGUCUACCACUGCUCCAAGAGCUGCCAAGGAAGCGAAGUGUCCCUCGAUUGAUGGCCAAAGUCUCGUUGUCGGAGGAGAUGAGUUCCAGGUCAAUUGUCGGGGUAUGUAUUGGCCUCGGACAACGAUUCCUGCCCGGAUAGCGGUCUCCUUUCGACAGUGUCUGGUCAUGUGUACUAUUGUUGAGUGGUGUCAGGGUCUGUGGUAUGUAGAUAGCUGUUGGCUCAGUUCUCAACAUGAGGUGUUGGAGAAGAGUACACCAAGGAACCAGUUGUCCUCUUCUUAUGUGGCAAUGCUCACGGUGCCACGGAUCUCUGGUGAUCAGAAGAGUCCUUAG